ACCUCAAGGGUGUGAAAGGGCGAAAACGUUUAGUGAGGGAAAGAGAUUGUGGGAGGAUUGGAGACGAAGAUGCUCACACCACUCUCACUGCUCACCUUCCUUUUAGUUUUCCUUGCAGCUUUCACACCUUCUUACCAAGCACCAUAUGCUCUGAGAAUAAGCUGUGGAGCUCGCAAGGACGUCCACACGCCACCAACAAAUACAUUUUGGUACAGGGAUUUUGGAUAUAGUGGUGGGAUACCUAGUGCUAAUGCAACCCGUCCAAGUUAUAUCACUCCUCCACUUAGUACACUUCGCUAUUUUCCUUUGUCUACGGGUCCUGAAAAUUGCUAUCACAUAGAGAGGGUGCCUCAUGGCCACUAUUCAGUGAGAGUCUUUCUUGGAUUGAUUCAUGAUCCCACUUUCGACAACGAACCUUUGUUUGAUGUAUCUGUGGAAGGGACCGUAGUUUACUCUUUGUCAUCAGGUUGGAGUAACCAUGAUGAUGAGCAAGCCUUUGUCGAGGCCCUUGUGUUUCUUGAAGACGGAACCGCCUCUAUUUGCUUUCACAGCACUGGUCAUGGAGACCCAGCUGUACUCUCCAUCGAAGUUCUUCAAGUUGGCAAUAAUGCAUACAACUACGGCUCAGGAUGGGGCCGAGGAACAAUUCUAAGAACUCAUAAAAGACUCAGCUGUGGUGCUAAAAGUCCAAAAUUUGAUGUGGAUUACAGUGGGAACCACUGGGGUGGAGACCGAUUCUGGAAUUCCAUUACUACUUUCGGCCAAAAGUCUGAUCGUGCUUUGGCCACAAAAAACAGCAUUAAGUUAUCCUCAAAUGUACCAAACUAUUACCCGGAAGCUCUUUACCAGACUGCGCUUGUUAGCACUGAUAAUCAGCCUGAUCUAACGUACACAAUGGAUGUGGAUCCAAAUAGAAAUUACUCCAUUUGGCUGCACUUUGCGGAGAUUGAUCCAUCAGUCACAGGGGAGGGACAACGGGUGUUUGACAUCCUAAUAAACGGUGAUACUGAAUAUCAAGGUAUUGAUAUCGUCAAAAUGAGUGGAGAUAUAAAUAGUGCUCUUGUGUUGAAUACGACAGUUGCUGUUAGUGGAAGGAGUUUGACAAUAAGUAUGCACCCUGUAAAAGGCAGUCAUGCCAUAAUAAGUGCCAUAGAGAUCUUCGAAAUUGUCAGAGCUGAGUCCAAAACCUUAAUUGACGAAGUAAGAGCUCUGCAGAAAUUAAAGAAUGCCCUGGGUCUUCCUCUUCGUUUUGGUUGGAAUGGCGAUCCAUGUGUUCCACAGCAGCAUCCAUGGAGUGGAGUAGAUUGUCAAUUUGAUAGCGCUAAAAGUAAAUGGGUCAUUGAUGGACUAGGUCUUGACAACCAAGGUUUGAGAGGGUUUUUGCCUGCUGACAUAUCCAAGCUGAGUCAUCUACAAAAUAUGAACCUGAGUGAAAAUAGCAUCAAGGGGCACAUUCCUUCUUCACUUGGAACAAUUGCCAGUUUAGAAGUACUGGACCUUUCAUACAAUUUCUUUAAUGGAUCUAUUCCUGAAAGCCUUGGUGGCUUGACAUCAGUUCGGAUAUUGAAUCUCAACAGCAACUCCCUCACUGGAAGAGUCCCUGCUGCACUAGGGGGAAGGCUCUUGCACCGAGCAAGCUUCAAUUUUACUGAUAAUAAAGGUCUUUGUGGGAUACCUGGAUUACCAACUUGUGGACCCCACCUUACUGCUGGUGCAAAGAUCGGAAUCGCCUUAGGGUCAUGUGCAGUGCUUCUUCUGAUUGCCACUUGCUUGACAUGUUGGUGGAAAAGGCGUCAAAACAUCCUCCGAGCUCAGAAAAUUGCUGCAAGAGGCGCUCCUUAUGCAAAAGCAAGAACUCAUUUCGCACGUGACGUCCAAUUAACAAGGCAUAACAGUGGUCAAGAACAUGCUAGGACUGCCGCCGAGAAUGGACCUAUCCUGCUUUCUUGAUCAUAACCAUCCAUCCAACCGAAAUCUUAAUCCUACCUUGGAAACAUAUAUACUUACACACGUUACUAAUGGUAGCGUAUUAUUUUUACGGGUUAUGUUGAUCUUUGUUAAAUGUCUAGUGAGGUUGGCUUUUUGCAACCCUAGGAAGUUGUAGUUGAAACCAAGUAGUUACUCCAUUGAGUAUUAACAGGGAAUGAAGAAGAUUGUAUAUUGUUAUCCCUUUUACAUUUUCAUUUUUCACCGAGUGGAAGUCGACUUCUUUACU